GAGAACGAUCGUAAUUUCAAGGGCUCUCCACGUCAGGAACGUAACUAUUCGUGUCUUUCUCUUUCAUUCGUUUCGAUAGAGAAAUCAACGAAUAUUCUGUAGAACAUAAAAUAAGUGAGAUAUAUUUUUGACUUGAAUGUCCUUAAAACGUCCUUUGUAUCAGUUUCAUUCGUUUUCUGAAUAAGACAAGAGGUGUGAAUUAAAUUUUUAACGUCUGCCAGCAAUUAUCGAUAUGACUACCUCUUGGAAUUACCCCGAUCAGGCCACUCAAGAUGAACUCAAGAAAAUUGCUUCGGCAAUUGUCGCUCCAGGCAAAGGUAUCCUCGCAGCCGACGAAUCGGUAGCAACUAUGGGAAAACGACUAGCCGACAUUGGUGUUGAAAAUACCGAAGAGAAUCGCCGCAAAUACAGACAACUACUUCUUACCACCGACAAGUCACUCGCCGAUAACAUUUCUGGUGUAAUCUUUUUCCACGAAACUGUCUACCAAAAAGCUGAUGAUGGUACUCCUUUCCCAGAACUUUUGAAUAAAAAAGGAAUAAUUCCCGGAAUUAAGGUCGACACUGGCGUUGUACCACUUUUUGGAAGUAACAAUGAAUGUACCACUCAAGGUUUGGACGAUUUGGCUAAACGAUGCGCUCAAUAUAAAAAAGAUGGAUGCCAUUUUGCUAAAUGGCGUUGCGUUUUGAAAAUUUCCCCAAAUACACCAUCUAUUCAAUCUUUAAUUGAAAACGCGAAUGUAUUAGCCCGUUAUGCUUCAAUCUGCCAGGCUAACAGAAUUGUUCCCAUUGUGGAACCAGAAAUUUUACCUGAUGGUGAUCAUGAUAUUUUAACUUGUCAAAAGACAACUGAAACAGUUUUAUCUUACGUUUACAAGGCUCUUGCUGAUCACAAUGUUUUCCUGGAAGGUACCCUUUUGAAACCAAAUAUGGUUACAGCAGGUCAAGCUUGUCCAAACAAAGCUACUCCUGAACAAGUAGCAGAAGCUACAGUUACGGCUUUCCAACGCAGAGUCCCUGCUGCUGUGCCUGGAGUAACAUUUUUGUCUGGAGGACAGUCUGAAGAAGAAGCUACAGUUAACUUAAACGCUAUUAAUAAGUUCCCCGGAAAGAAACCCUGGACGCUCACCUUUAGCUACGGCCGUGCUCUCCAAGCUUCAGUCCUUAGAGCAUGGCAAGGAAAAGAUGAAAAUGUCCAAGCUGGUCAACAGGAAUUAUUAAAACGUGCAAAGGCUAAUGGUGAAGCUUCUAUGGGUAAAUAUGUAGCUGGUAGUGUAGAAGGAAAGGCUGGAGAUGCUGGUCUAUUUAUCAAAAAUCACGCAUAUUAGGAUUUUGAUGUCUAUAUUCGUUUUAAACGUAAAAUUGUUAGUUGAAUGAUGUUUAAAUCUAGUGUUACAACAAAUCCACUUUUACAAAGUCUGUUUUAUCUUAUCUGUUACUGUAUAUAUAUUGUUUAAUUAAAAUUAUAUGUAUCUAUUA